AAGAUGGAUCUCAAGUGUGCUCUGGAAGAAUGUUCAAUGGCACUGAACUUAUUCCUAAACAAUAAGUUCUCUGAAGCCCUGGAACUUCUUCGUCCAUGGUCUAAAGAUAGUAUGUACCAUGCCCUUGGGUACAGCACUAUUUUAGUUAUGCAAGCUGCUAUGACCUUUGAACAGCAGGAUAUACAAAUGGGAAUUUCUACAAUGAAGGACGCUUUGCAAACCUGCCAAAGAUUCAGAAAAAGAAGCACAGUGGUGGAAUCCUUGUCCAAUCUAGUUUCUAAACAGUCAGCGGAUCAGUUGACUGAAGAGGAAAUGCAUGCUGAAAUCUGCUAUGCUGAAUGCUUACUACAGAAAGCAGCUCUCACCUUCGUACAGGAUGAAAAUAUGAUCAACUUUAUCAAAGGUGGCCUCAAAAUUAGGACAAGUUACCAAAUAUACAAAGAAUGUCAUCAGGUUCUACAGAUGACUCAGGGGAACAAAAGCAGAAAUGAAACUUAUUACCAGUUUGAAGGUGGAGUAAAACUUGGAAUCGGAGCAUUCAACUUGAUGCUGUCGCUUUUACCAGGAAGGAUCCUCCGACUUCUAGAAUUUAUUGGAUUUUCUGGCAAUAGGGAGUUGGGCCUCUGUCAACUACGUGAAGGCGCAUCUGGCAGCAGUUUGAGGGCCAUUCUGUGUACUUUCACCCUGUUGGUUUAUCAUACUUACGUCUCCUUAAUCCUUGGUACGGGGGAAGCUAACCUUCAGGAAGCAGACAGUCUCCUUGAGCCCUACCUCCAUAAAUUUCCAAAUGGUUCCAUUAUUCUGUUUUAUGCUGCCAGAAUAGAUAUACUGAAAGGAAAUUUUGAAAAGGCGCAGUUGAGGUUCCAAGAAUGCAUAGCAGCCCAGCAAGAGUGGAAACAGAUUCAUCAUCUCUGUUACUGGGAAUUGAUGUGGUGCUACACCUUCCAGCAGAACUGGCUUCAAGCAUAUCGGUAUGCAGACCUGCUCAGCAAAGAGAGCAGGUGGUCUAAGGCAAUAUAUGUAUUCCAGAAGGCAGCAAUUCUAUGUAUGCUCCCAGAGGAUGAUUUGAAAAGGACUGGUGAAGAUGUUGUAUCUUUAUUCAGACAGGUGGAUGGUCUAAAACAGAGAAUUGCAGGAAAAUCUAUCCCAACUGAGAAGUUUGCAGUAAGGAAAGCUCGACGCUAUGCAAGUUCUCAACCAGUGAAGCUGAUAUUACCUGCCUUGGAAAUGAUGUAUGUUUGGAAUGGCUUUGCAAUUGUGGGCAAAAGAGCAGACCUCACUGAAAACUUACUGAUAACAAUUGAAAAAGAAGAAACUGCUCUACAAAACGAAACUAAUCGCAAUGAAUACUAUAUGGAUGAUGUGUGCAUGUUGCAGUUACUGAAAGGCCUCUGCCUGAAACAUUUGGGAAGACUCAUGCAAGCUGAACUGUGUUUCAGUAAAGUAAUUCAAAGUGAGAAGCAAAUCAAAUAUGAUAGUUAUUUGGUGCCGUUCACCCUGUAUGAGUUGGGUCUUUUGUACAAACAACAGGAUGAGAGAGAAAAAGCAAUAAGAUACAUAGAAACUGCAAAAAACAACUACAAAGAAUACUCUAUGGAGUCCAGGUUGCACUUCAGAAUUCAUGCAGCACUUGACAGCUUGAAGGUGUCGCCUGCUUCAACACCUUGA